AUGGCGAUGUACUCGUGGAUGAGCCCAGAUAGCCUUCUGGUAGCCGUAGUGGUGGCAGCAUCCGCUGCGGCGGCACGUUUCUUCGCUCUCCCAUUGUUAAAGAGGACGACUCGGAUCGGCAAUGGAAUAAGCUUAAGGCUGCCGCCUAAUCCUCCCGGUCUUCCUAUCCUAGGAAAUCUCCGCAUUUUGGGAGCCUUGCCCCACCGGGCCCUCCGGAAGUUGGCGGAGGCGUACGGGCCCGUCAUGGGCAUCAGACUCGGCCUCGUCCAAGCGGUGGUAGUAUCGUCCUUCGUUUCUGCGCAGAAGUUCCUCAGGGAACCCGCCUUCAUGAGCAGACCCGCGGGCGACGUCAGCAAUUACCUCACCUAUGGGCGGAAGGGAGUCCUCUCCUCCGAAUGCGGGUCUAACUGGCGCGAAUCCCGGAAUCUCUGCCUGGAUCAUAUGCUCUCCACCCGCAGCAUCGACGCCCUACGAGGCGUGAGGAAUGAGGAGAUUCACCGGCUGCUGUACUCCCUGAAGAAGGCUGCCGAUGGGGACUGCAAAGCGGUGGAUCUCAGCGAAGCCGUAACUGCGACGAUCUUGGCCAUAGUCUGCCGUACUUUGUUUGGCAAGGUAUAUGGCAACGCAUCUGCAAUAGAGAAGACGCUCAAAGAAGCUACCCAGUUGACCGGGGUAUUCAACAUCAACGACUACAUCCCCUUCAUCGGAUUCCUCGACUUGAAUGGACACCGGCGACGAAUGAAGGCCGUCAGAAGGGCCUACGACAGCCUCUUCGAGACGGUCAUCCACAAGCACUGCCGGAGUCUGAACGAAGGGACGAAGCUUGAGGACUGUGUCGUCGCCUCGAUCCUCUCUUCGACGGGAACACAGUAUGAUCGGGUUAACCUCAAGGCCAUCCUCAUGGUGAGACAACGGCAACAAAAUGGAUAAGAUUAUAUUAUUUAAGUAUUAUUGUCAUCUCGCAACGUUUGUCUAUCCUAUUAGGACAUGAUCACUGGGGGAUCGGACACGUCGGCAACCACUGUGGAGUGGACGAUGUCGGAGCUCCUGAGGCACCCCCGGGUGAUGAGGAAGCUGCAGCAUGAGCUGGAGGAGGCCGUCGGCAUGGAUAGGGUGGUUGAGGAGGAAGACCUACCCAAGCUGCCCUACCUGGAAAUGGUGAUCAAGGAAAGCAUGCGGCUGCACCCGGCCAUCCCCCUAAUCCCCAGGGAGGCUAGGGUGGACUGUGUCGCCGGCGGCUUCCAGCUUAAGAAGGGAAGCCAGGUGCUUGUGAACCUCUGGGCAGUGGGAAGGGAUCCAAGCCAAUGGGACGACCCGGAGGCCUUCUACCCGGAGAGGUUCGAGGGGGGCAUCAGAGGGGCUGAGGAUCGUGAUGGCCUCGAGUCUGACUUCCUCGCCUUUGGAGCUGGAAACCGGAGGUGCCCCGGCAUGCAGAUGGGGCUGACGACAGUGCGGAUCGUCGUGGCCCAGCUGGUGCACUGCUUCGACUGGGCGCUUCCCGGAGACUUGGACAUGUCGGAGAGAUUCGGGAUAAGGUUGAGCAGAGCAAAAAACCUGCUCGCCGUCCCUACAUACCGACUGCCACCAGGAUCUUAG